GUUUCGACCUGGCCACGCAUGAAGCUGGUUGAAUUUCAUUACAUAAAAAACUGAUUGCCAACAAUUGGUUCCACGAUGAUUCGCUUGUGUAACCUAAGGUGGACAGUUUUUGCCUGCAUCCUUGCGAUCUCGAUUGGAGUAUUGCACGGCAUGACACACGUUGAAUUUCACGAAUAUUACUCCCAACUUUUGAACGACGUCGAUAAAUUGUGCGAACUGAGUGCUGACUACAUCUCGGAAGUAAUUAGGCGACUGUUCAUCAGUAAAAAAACUGAUAAACUGAAGAUGAUUAACAAGCACUACGACCUGAUGGUGAAGAGAGCUCAGCCCCUGUUGGCGCUUUUCCAUGAAGAUAUACGGAAGCUUGUCAUAUUCACAGAAAACUUGCAGAGCAUAAAAAUGGUCAAGAAGUUCCUCUACUCUUACUUCAGACAGAGUGCAAUCAAUUUGAUCGAUCACUUGAAGCGUGUCUACAACUUGUGACAAUAGCUAUAGUAUAAUAGAUUUCUACUGUGUUGAAAUUAAUAAGUCUUGUUAGACGUGCAAGUUAAUAUUUCACAUUCGAACACGGCAGCUUGUUAUUAUUUUCGAUUCGAUUACCAGGUGAUGUUCGUUCAACUUCUACAUGGCUAUGAUGGUAAGUCAGAUAGUUCCAGCUGCUUACAAUUAUAUUCCUAAGUAGAAUGGAGAUAGAAAAAAGCCUUCCAACGAUUUUCUAACAUCAAGAAUCGCAAAAUUAUUUCGUUCUUAUCUGUGGUAUUGAAAAUUUUUCUAAAAAUUUAUAAAUUCUUAUGGAAAAACAUAUCCAGUAAUUAAGUAAUGGCGCAGUGUGAAAUUAUUACAAGUUAAUUACCAUGUGAAAUGACCUUGUAAACAUGUAUAAGCUACUUUGUUAUAUCAUUGGAGUUGGCAUGAAUAAAACCGAUA